CCUGUAUCUCCUCUCCUUCCUUCACUGCUUGCCUCACUUUUCAUUACAAUCAUGCCAAUAUAUGACCCUGAUAAGUGGAUAGAGCAGCUCAAACGAUGCCAACACCUUCAGGAGGCUGAAAUGAAGAAACUCUGCGAACGUGUCCGUGCAAUCCUCAUGGAAGAAUCUAACAUUCAGCCUGUCUCGAGUCCGGUUACAAUAUGCGGUGAUAUUCAUGGACAGUUUUGGGAUUUGCUGGAGCUCCUUCGGAAAGGUGGUGACGUUCCAGAGACAAGCUACAUAUUUAUGGGUGAUUUCGUGGACCGGGGGCACUACAGCUUGGAGACUGUCACACUACUGCUCGCUCUCAAAGCAAGGUAUCCUGAUAAGGUGACUCUACUGCGCGGCAACCAUGAAAGUCGACAGAUCACACAAGUGUAUGGAUUUUACGACGAAUGUCAACAAAAGUAUGGGAGUGCGACAGUAUGGAAAGCUUGUUGCGGUGUCUUUGACUACCUCAACCUAGCCGCUAUCAUUGACGGCGAAACAUUGUGUGUACAUGGCGGUCUGUCUCCCGAUAUCAGAACUUUAGACCAAAUCCGGCUUCUUUCCCGAGCACAGGAAAUACCGCAUGAAGGCGCCUUCUGUGACUUAAUGUGGUCAGAUCCUGACGAUGUAGACAAUUGGGCUGUGAGUCCUCGAGGGGCUGGGUGGUUAUUCGGAGGUUCGGUUGCACAGGAGUUCAAUCAUGUCAACGACCUCAAAUUGAUCGCCCGAGCUCAUCAACUCGUUCAGGAAGGCUACAAACACAUGUUCGACCAACAACUCGUUACCGUUUGGUCAGCACCGAAUUACUGCUACCGGUGUGGAAAUCUGGCUUCGAUCAUGACAGUGCACGAAAAUGGAGAGAAGUCAUUCACUGUGUAUGGUCCAGCUGAAGAAAAUGCACGAGACAAAGGCAUGACAACACGACGGAUGAAUACCAACAUUCAGUAUUUUGUAUGAUACAUUUUUACCAAUACAUUCA